AUGAAUGGAUCCAGUGUGGCGAAUACAUCACCCAGUAUAAAAUCCAAAGAGGACCAGGUGUUAAAUGGACAUGAUGAGAAGGAAAACCCAUUUGCAGAGUACAUGUGGAUGGAGAAUGAAGAGGAUUUCAACAGACAGGUGGAGGAGGAGUUGCAGGAGCAAGAAUUCCUGGACCGCUGCUUUCAGGAGAUGUUGGACGAGGAAGACCAAGACUGGUUUAUUCCAUCUCGAGACCUGCCUCAGGCCAUGGGACAGUUGCAACAACAGUUGAAUGGACUGUCGGUCAGUGAUGGUCAUGAUUCUGAAGAUAUUUUGAGCAAAAGUAACCUGAACCCGGAUGCCAAGGAAUUUAUACCAGGAGUGAAGUACUGA